UAAUGGCGGAUCUUUCAAAACAUGUUUGGACACGGAUCGGUGAUAUUUGGAACUAAAUUACUCGUUGAUCUCCAAUGACUUCUGUGUAAUAUAAUGGCUACAUUGAGACAAGACAUCGACUUCCAUGGACUCUUUCGUAAACUCGGUCACAACCUUGAAGAGAUCCGCGUGAGAGCACUGGAAAAUAUCCUGUCUAAAUUGGAGCAUAAAUUGAUAUGUGAUGCAGAUCUUGUCAAUGAGCGGCAUCUCUUCAUCCGACUGCUGGAAUGGUUCAAUUUCUCAUCUUGCCCGAAGGCAGCUGAUGUCCUUGGUUUGCUAAGCAGACUGUCGCAGCACUCAGCUGCUGCAGAGAUCCUCCAGGACAUUGGAGGUGUCGACUUCCUCACACAGUUUCGGGAAAAUGCCAGUCCUGGUCAGCGACCAGUUCUUGAUCAGAUCCUGGAGCACACCAUGCGCCUCCCAGAGGUCAAGGCCAGUGCUCAUGCUCCUGAGUGUAUCUACCACAAGCCUGCCGACGCUGGCUUGAGCCAGACCAUAACCACCAUUGAUGAGAGCACUCGGACCAAUCAGAUGUCAGCCACUCCAAGGUCAUUUGGUCAGGUCUCUAUGACAACAUCCCUGCCAAAUGCAGAGAGACUUGGCUGCUAUGGUGAUCCAACAACAGGCUAUUUUACAAGUUUACCUGAGGAAGAGCUGGAUCCACCUCUAGCCAAAUAUGAACCUGGAGGAUCUGCUGGACUUCGUGUAACAGUGUUUCCAUGGUUACCACUGACCCCAACUGACCAGCAUGUCCUCCAGUCUACCAACAGCUCCCUCCAGAGCAAGGAUGUCUCCAUGUUGAUGUCAGCGUAUGAGUUCCUCAGUGAUGUCGUGCUGCAGGACUUUCCUGCAGAAAUCUUCCUGCAGAGACCACAGAUCGUCAAGAGUCUGUGGUCACUCCUGGGUGUCAAGUCUGAGGACAACACAGCCUUGCUGAUGCGAGCCAUGCGGACUCUGACAGAUGUCAGUCGUUGCCUCCAUACACGACUUCGAUAUUACCAGGAUCCAGUCCUCUACACUCCAAAACAGGAUUUCAGUUCUUCUUCCUCAUCUUCGUUCUCCCAUGUUGCCAACUCUUCCUCCAACCAAUCAGGAAACUCCUCAGAUACACGACCAUCUGUGAUUGGCUGGACUGCUGCACGGCAUCGGGGUGAUGGGCGAGAUGGGGACAGCUCCACCUCAUCAAACAGAACUGUGUCUGGAGCCUCUAGCCUUGGCCUUGACCCUGACAUAGGUCAACUGAGAGAGGAGACAGAUGCUGAUGAUAGUCACAUCCUGCAGUACCAUCAGAUAACUCUGCCCCAGUUCUGUGUCAUCUCCCUGCAGAGGGCGCUGCCUGUGCUGCAAACUCAGAAUGAGGCUGUGGUGGUGCAGGGGAUGCAGCUGCUGUAUGCAGUGUCGGACCUGCUGCAACAAGUUGUGACAUCGCAUGUGUGGAGCGAGACAUCGCAACCAUCAAGGGAAGUGGUGGAGAAGUUGACAGACUGCUUGAAUGUGAUUGGCGAUUUGUUGUCGUUCCACUAUCUCGGACACCACAAUGUCCAGGAGGAAGGUCCCAGUGACCUGGCCCAGCACAGACUGGCAUACAUCAGCGUCUGUAACUACCUGGUGCACCUCCUCCAACUCCUGCCUCCAGGCCAGGUGAGUUCCCUGCUGCCAGACAGCCUUGUGUCUGCCCUGACGACCCUGGUGUUUGAUGAGGGCCUCCUGCUGGCCUACCCUAUCACACACAGCACCCUCUUGAGGCAGGUUCAGCAGCUGGACCCGUCUGUCCACCAGCAGUAUCGUGAUGCGGUGACCAUCUGCAAGUCCAUGGGUCACUCAUGCAGAUUCAUCACAGGAUUUAAACAAGGAGUUGCCUCCCCUGAGGAACUCUCUAUACAGAUGGAGGAAGCUUUCCCCAGCCUUCCCUACCAUGUGCACCUUCCCUUGGUCUCAGACUUCAUCAAGUUCUUCUCCAACAUUCGGUAUAAGACUGCAACGGAGAAGUCUACCAUUGCCCGGUGUCAGAGAUGCCUGCUGCGACUCCUGGCUUAUCCUCUACCACUGGUGCGGCAACAGACGUACAAGACUGUACUCCAUACAGUGCAGACAUCACUGAAUGUGAAUCAGGCUGCUGACCCCAAGUCUCGCACAUGUCUCCGAGUCAAGUUUCUGUUGGACCAUGAUGUCUUGUAUGAAAUCAUCUGUUUUGGUUUAGCUGACUCUGACCCUCAGGUUGCCACUGCUGCUGGUGACCUGACCUUGACCUUGCUACAAGGUCAACUGCUGAUGACAGACUCACUGUGGCAGGAAUUCACCACAGCUCUCACUAAGUCUCAGUCAGUACUCCAGUCAUAUGCUGACAGCGGCACUGUGCUAGGGAAGAGACUGAAGACGAUGCUGGACCCAGUUUCUACUGCCGACAAUCUGCCUCUCAUUGAGAAGUUUCGAGGUACUCUGCGGCACAUGUUCUCUGCUGACAUGAAACUUAGGGCAGAAUCUCUGCGUCAGCUGGCAUGGUUCCUCUCCAACGAGACCGACAGCUCUAACAAGAUUCCCACCUUCUCUGAGCUGGACGUGUCUAACCUGGCCAACGUGUUCAUCACUGAGACCCCGAGGUCCCUGGACCCUGACCCCGGCAGAUCCAUCUUCCAGGUGAGCGACCUCCACCAGGUGUAUGGCAUCUUCUCCUCCAAACCUGUUGACCCUGGGGUCAAGAAAUCAGCUGUUGAUCAGCUGGCUGUCAUGCUGCAAGACCAGAACCUGCACACGACAUUCCGGCAGGAGGGUGGCCUGGAAACAGUGCUGGACCUGGUGCGGACCGGGGUGGUGAAACAGCCUCAGGUGGAUGCUCAGAACGCCAACAUCCCCUACCUGUCGGCAUGUGUGACGAUUCUACGACAUCUCCUUCAUCACGACUACACACUGAGACACAACCUGGCACAUGAUUCUCAAAUCUACUACUGUCUUGUAAGAGUUGCCCUGAUGUUCCAGAAAGAUGAGAAGGUGUGUUACGAGGUGUCACAUGUCCUCACGCUGCUGUUGCAUGAUGAGGUGGCCAAGUUUGAUGUCAGCACAUCUAAAGGAGGGAAGCUUGGAAUGGCCUUCACCUUGCCUUCCAUCAUCACCAAGAGGUACCGACUGCCUUUCCGCCCUGCUGUCCAUCAUGAAGUCAGCCCUCAUUGUGUGGUUAUCCCCCCUGCGGAAGACCCGCUUCAGUGCGGCCCCGCACUAGAGAAGCUAUGUGUUGCCUGGAAUGUAGCGUGGAAUGGUGGCAUGGAGGAACUUUUUAGCCUGGUCAAGAUGGAGAAACAAGAUGGAGAGCCCAAGGAACAAUUUUCCAGCAAGUUGCAGUUGUCAGCGGCAAUGAAACGAGUGCUGGAAGUGACUGACUUCCGCUGGGGCUUCCAGCAGGGCGUGUACGGCAUCAGCAACGCCACAUCCCACAGUGCUGUGGAAGCUGCCCUUACUCGCCUCAACAGCUUCAUGAUUAACAUUGGGAGUCUCCACUCCAGUGAGCUGCUGCCCAGUAAAGACUGGUUCACUAUCCUGGGAAGGUUUGUCCAGGUGAUGCCAACAUCUGUUGCUGAUGAGAGUCUGCUGCUUGAGGUCCUCAAAUUUGCCAGCAUCACCCUCAAAAUGUGCAAUCAGGCAUCACCUGACAUGCUGCCAUGGCUUGCAGACAAGCUGUAUGAUGCAACAGGGCCAUUGAUUGGUCUACUGAACAGGUCAGGUGGGACAGACAUGGGAGAUGACCAUGCUGACAGCAAUGUUACCAGGAAAAGGUCUCUGGACCGACAGCUGCUUCACUUCAUAGCCACCUUCAACAGCCAGCUGCCAUAUCAGCUCUGCAAGAGCUUGAAGAUGUACCAGAUGCGAGGUGACCUUGCCAAGAAGCUCUUGCUGCGACUGAAUGUGACAGAUGCUCCCCACUUCUACAACCUGGCCUCUCUGGAGGGGACGCUACAGUGCUUGAUGCAUCUGACUGCAAGGCCAGGUUGGAGCCAUGAGUGCACAGAUGUGGACAGCAGCUCCCUCUGUUCCCAGGUCCUCGCCUGUCUGCUGGAGGUAGUGUCGGCCUUUCACAUCGGACGUGGCAGCACUUCUAUGUCGUACAUGGGGAAGGGCGUGACCAAGUCCGCCACCAUGUGCCUGCGUCACCUGGCCCAUGAGAUGGCCAUUGUCACGGACGACCAGGACUGGCCACGGAGCUGGAUCUACAGUCGGCGGACGACAGAUGGAGCUGGGGAGCCGGGGCUCAACUGGAUGCUGACUCUGUGGGCCUACAGAGACCCUGAGGUGCGAGCUGCAGGCCUGGGUAUAGCAGUAGCCCUGACAUCCACUGAGAUGGGCCGCAUCAUCAUCACAGAGAACUGUAAACAUAUCCCAGGGGGCAUCUGGGGGGCAGCCUUCAGCAUCCUGCUGGACCAAUCAGAGUGCAGCAUGGUCCGACAACAGGCUACUCCUACGCAGUCUCGAUCGGGUUCGGCUCCAGAACAGCUGAGCUUCGCUCUGGCGGAUUCUCUGAACCCCGCGGGUAGCGCCGACCCAGGCUUCGCACUGGUGUCUCUGGUUGGUCUGACAGCGCUGUUGGCAUUGCUGCACCUCAUCCAGUUUUACCAGAUGAUGAUGGUUCUGUGUUGUAUUUCAGGUGUCUCUGGUCGGUCUGACAGCGCUGUUGGCAUUGCUGCACCUCAUCCAGUUUUACCAGAUGAUGAUGGUUCUGUGUCUCUAGUCGGUCUGACAGCGCUGUUGGCGUUGCUGCACCACAGCCAGUUCUACCAGAUGAUGAUGAUGGUUCUGUGCUGUAUUUCAGGUGUCUCUGGUCGGUCUGACAGCGCUGUUGGCGUUGCUGCACCACAGCCAGUUCUACCAGAUGAUGAUGAUGGUUCUGUGCUGUAUUUCAGGUGUCUCUUGUCGGUGUCUCUGGUCGGUCUGACAGCGCUGUUGGCGUUGCUGCACCACAGCCAGUUCUACCAGAUGAUGAUGGUGUCUCUUGUCGGUCUGACAGCGCUGUUGGCGUUGCUGCACCACAGCCAGUUCUACCAGAUGAUGAUGGUUCUGUGCUGUAUUUCAGGUGUCUCUGGUCGGUCUGACAGCGCUGUUGGCGUUGCUGCACCUCAUCCAGUUUUACCAGAUGAUGAUGGUUCUGUGUCUCUUGUCGGUCUGACAGCGCUGUUGGCGUUGCUGCACCACAGCCAGUUCUACCAGGAGAUGAUGAUGCUCUUAGCCAGCCUGUAUUCCAACCCUACUGUCCAGCCAGUUAGUGUUACCAUGGAGACACAGUUGCUGUCCACUGGCAAUACUGACUCAACUCUCAGUACAUUCGUUGGUGCAAGACAUUUAAGUAUGUCUCGAGACGGUACCAACCCUGGACAGCGAGCUGUCUUCCAGAGGAGGUCCGUGCAAACUCCUCCCACCUCGGGCAGCUCAGGGACACCACGAUCAGGAUAUGAUGGUGUUGGUGACAUGACCUCCUCCACCACCACUGACACUAGCGACACCCUGGAGUACCACAGUGUUGUCACCCCCUGUCUGGUGUCGGCAGUCUGCCGACUCAUCAAGAACCUCGUGCUUCUCGCCCCGCAGGAUACCUUCCUGGCUCUCAAGAAGGAUGGCUACAUCUCAAUAUUGACAAGCAUGGUCAGUUCAGGGCAAAUCCAGGAGUGUUGUAAGGAGAUGUCGAGUGGGUCAAACCCUGCCCAGGCGGAGCUUGCUUUCCGGGACCUGUUACAGCUGUAUGACAGUAUCAUUAUGCUGCUUAGAGCCUGUGUAUUGUAUGACUCCCCUAGCAGAGUGGAGAUCCUCGACAACAGCAGUGCCCUCGACUCCAUUGUGUCGCUACUCCUCAUCGAGUGUGAUGCUGGAGGAGACUUGGCUGCUGACUGUCGUGGCCUGUGGAUGUCUGUGUUCAACCUUCUAUCCUCUCUGGUACAGCUGCAGUCCUCCACGGCUCUUGACGUCAUCACACAUGCCCUCUCCAAAGCCUGGACACACCUGACAGACAUGUUUCGGAGGCUCCUGGAUAUGCUAAGUGAGGAGACUCAGGCCGUGUCACUGUCCUGUAUGGUCUUUCUGUCUGGGAUAUGUUGUGAGGAAGGCAAGAUCACAGCACGACACCCAGACAGAGGCAACAGGUCCCACACACUGUCUGAGCUGCUGGACAUGCAGAUCGGCCGACCAUCUGAUGACCCUAGCCAGGGCCCUCGAACAUCAGGGUCUAGCUUGUGUAAAGCCUUGAUCAGCACCUACGAUCUCAUCACCUUGAAACAUGCUGACCGGCCUCACAGUGCUGACAGAAUAGCUGUUAUCAACACUCUCAAGUCUCUCCUUGUCAUCUCUCAAUCAGCUAAACAGACAGCACUAGACAUGGGUCUGGCUGAGUCACUCUUGCAGCAUGGGAAGCAGCUCCAUGCCAAGCUCAGUCUUGAGGCUCUGCAGCUCUCCAAGUCCGGGGGGCGGAGGAAGGAAGAGCCCCUCCUACAGGAACUCCUGCUCCUCUUCUCCCUGCUGAGGAACUUUACGGCCAGCUGCAACAAGGUCAAGCUUGCGUGCCACCAUUCUGGUCUAAGUGGCUUGAUACACCGACUGUGGGCAUGGGCACAAGUAGAUAAUGCCCUGAUGACCUCUGUCCUGGCUCUGCUGCUCACCUUCACAGCUCACUGUCCACCUGCUACUUCCUCGCUAGCAUACACCAGCUCCUCAGGUGUGCCCAACACCACCGUGGACGGCAAGCCCUGCCUCAGCAGCAGCUCCUUGGUGCACUGCCUGCUGAAACUGGCAGGACAAAGCACCAACAGGGACAUCACCAGGCUCGUGUUCAGCAUCCUCGCCACUCUCACCUUCUCCUCGGAAUGCCGCAACAUCAUGUGGAAGAGUAACUUCUUCUCCGAGUUCUCCAAGUUAAAUCCUCACAAGGCCAGCAAGAGUAAGUGGAAGUCACCACGAGAUGUCCAGUGGAUGGAGGUCCUCACCAACCUUUCCUUCUCAGUGGAGGGCCACCAGAUCAUCCUCAACAUCUCAGGGGGAGUGCAGCUGCUACUGGACUACCUGGAGUUGGGUUCGUCCCGAUGUCAGGAGAGCUCACUCCUCAUUCUCCGUAACCUUUGCUGCCAUGCCAGUAACAAGCACAAGCUUCUUGCCAAUGAGAAGCUGCUGCCAGCCUUGUUGCAGUGUGUGGAGGAGGGGACGGAGAAAAUGCAGGCUGUGGCAGCAUCAGCACUUUGGGCUCUCAUAUUUAACAACCAGAAGGCCAAGGUUCUGAUGAAGAAUGCCAACAUCUUGUGCCAACUCAAGGACUCUCACCAAAACAUUGUCAAUCUUGCCACCAAGUCGGACCUACAGACACGCUGUGCUGAUGACCUGAAGUCUGUCAUCUCGAUAGUUGCAGACUAAUCUGAGUCUGGAUUCAGUGAGGUAGUGAUAGGCUCGUCGUUGACACUGAAGGAUGCUGUGACAGCUGUUGUGAUAUAUCAGCAGGUUGUCUCAGAUAGUGUGUGUAUUGUCACAAGUGGAUCAGAUGAACACCGAUAUUGUUCCUGAAGAAUACCAAGAAAAUACAGCAUUGUCUGGUGAUUUAUUUCGGUGAAGGACAUGACAGAAACAAUGUCUGCUGAAACUGAUGUUGUUUGAUGAGGCUGCAAAUCAAAUGAACGCCUACUGACAUCUCAAUUUUAACAAUAAAUGAAAUUGAGAGCAUGGAACUGGAUAUCUCAUCCCACGUAGUUUUCAUACAGUCAUUGGAGACCCAUGAAGAUCCGGGUUAGUAUUUGUCUUCAACAACCCAUGCUUGUCGUAAGAGGUGACUAAUGGGAUCGGGUGGUCAGGAUUGCUGACUUGGUUGCCACGUGUCAUCGUAUUCCAAUUGUGUAGAUCAAUAUCCAUGCUGUCGAUCACUGGAUUGUCUGAUCCAGAGUUGAUUAUUUAGAGACAGCUGCCAUAUAGCUGGAAUAUUGCUGAGUGCGGCAGAAGACAAUGAUCCAACCAAUCCCUCAUACAGUCAUUGGAAACUUUGUAAUUGAACCAUUGUGGAUGACACAUAUUCAUCUCCCUACCUGCCAACAGCAUUGAUAACUUGUGAGGAAUUCAUCUCCCUACCUGCCAACAGCAUUGAUAGCAUGUGAGGAAUUCAUCUCCUUACCUGCCAACAGCAUUGACAGCAUGUGAGGAAUUCAUCUCCCUACCUGCCAACAGCAUUGAUAGCAUGUGAGGAAUUCAUCUCCCUACCUGCCAACAGCAUUGAUUGCAUGUGAGGAAUUCAUCUCCCUACCUGCCAACAGCAUUGACAGCAUGUGAGGAAGCCUGUUGGUCAAGGUGAAGGGGAGCAGGGGUUCAGUUCUCGAUGUACAUUUACCCUAUUCUUAUACCUCCAGCCCCUCCAUCCGUCCACUCCCAACCCAUCACCCUCACCGAAACAAUACCACACCACACACAGACAGAUAAUACUGGGUACUAUAUGACUGCUAUGUGAUAAUACAUUACACUCAUUGGCAGCAUGUACAAUACAUUUAGAAAAUAUUACAUCAAAAGGUUCACUGUCUCCAGUAAAUGAACCUGAGGGUAAUAUGUGUUUGCUGUGUACUUAAUUGGAGAAGUGAAAUCAGAGGAACAGUGAUGUACACAUGUAUGUAGUGUAAAGCAUGUAGUGUCUGUAUUUCAGGAAACAUUGUGUUAUCCAAUGAGAUGAAUGUGUAAACAAAUGUGUACAUAAUGUUUAUUUAUUUUCAUAAAAUAACUACAUGGGA